AUGCGUCUAACAGCUCCCUUUCGUAUGGGUGUGCAGCCCGAUUCUCAUCGGUACGCACAAGCGACAUUUCACGAUGGAACCCAUCGGCAGGCUCCAGGUGAUUCGACUCCUUGGAGAGACGCCGCUACUCCUCUGAACCGUAUCAAGGGAUGGUGGCUUGCGCCCGCAGCGAAAGGGAGUAUGAUUGCUGCUUGGUGUAUAACGAUAGUUCUUGGGACGUACUGCUUUUCAAUACAACAGGAUGCCAAGGGAACCUAUUUGCUCAACAAUGUUUUGCUGCGCACUUUGCAUGAGGAGGCGUUACGGGCCGAUGCAAAUCAGGAACGCGCCGCGGAAUUACAAGAGUUUAUGAAGAAGCGCCAGGAGGAUCAGGAAAAAGUGAAUAAAAGCAACAUGAACGUUGUCAAAAAGUAUGAAGAAUUUAGUGAAAGGUUGAAGAAUGGGUUGGUGAACUACGAAUUGGAACUCUCUCGAGAGCGCGCGAGAGCUGAUGCUGUACAUGACCGCAAUCAGGAAUUGGUUAGUGAGCUUCUCAAGGUCCGCCAAGAACUGGUUCAAGUAAGGAAAGAAAAUAAAACUUUAGCGAUUCAACUUGAAAAGAUGCAAAAAAUAUCGAGGAAUCUGGCGUGA